ACAGAAGAACUAAACACAUCCACAAUUCAGAUAGAUAGAUAGAGAGAGGAUGAGAGAGAGUGUCCUUUUCUACUUACUCAAUUGCCAUGGCUUUCCUCUCCAACUGCACUUGAAGCAGUUUCACUUGCACACUAAUAUUUAUGAGUAAAAGAUAAAACUCCUCCACUUGACGAGCAGUAGUUGAUUUUUUUUUACCCAACGAGAACAAACAAACAAGACACAAACCCUUGUAGCUCAACAUUAGGGCUUCCAAUUUCCUCUUUCAAUAAAUAGGGUUUCUAAUUCCACCACAGCUACAGAUUACUACUAUUGAAAUUCCCACUGAUCAAUGAGAAGAAAUUGAAAGGCACCUUUCCCAGUUGCACAAAAAGGGUGAAGAGGUCCCCUCGAUUGCUUAGAGCCAUGCCGGAAAUGGUGAUUUUUCCUCUUCUUUUUUUUCACUUUUUAAUUUUUUUUCAGAGCAAUAUGUGCUCAACCGGACACGAGAUAAAUGGGGCCCUUCUUAAGCACAAGAAAUGAAGAAAAUUUUGUCGAUUGCGUAGAGUUAUAGAUAAAGGUACGGUUUUAGACUCCAAAAUACACUUGUUUUUUUAAAUCACCACACAGCUUUUCUGGGCUCCCCACAGAUGCAAUGGUCACCCACCCCUACAAAAAGCUCACGGCCCUAAUUUUAAAUUUUAAAUUAAUUAAUCACAAAAUCUCUACCAAUUCAACUAAUAAAUCCUUUUGUCUAAUGUUUAGGUUUGAUGCAAGUGAAUACUUAUGAUUAGUCCAAUAAAUUCGAGUAGUAUUUGUCAUUGCCUCUCAUUCCCUACAAAUCAAACAGUAGGGUCUGUAUCAGCAUACUAACUCUGUAUAAUUAUUGCAAAUGAAGUGUGGAAAUCCCUAAUCCAUGAUUAUAUUCUACAUCUCCAUGAAUGGGGCCUUGGCAUGAUGAAUUAAAAGAAAGGGGCAAGUCUUUUCUAACCCCAAUAAACAGAUCUGCUAAACAAAGGCUUUACCCUCUGCGAACAUCCCUUUCCUCUACGGUUCAUGAACCUCCGUUUCGGAAAAGUGCAGAGAUCUUUCCCAGCUUGAUCGCUGAAAUAAAUGCUUCAUUCUUCAAAUAUGAGGGUUUCCUCUCCUCCAUCACUACAUAAUUACCACUAGCUAGGGCUCCCAACACCUCCACAAUUCAUCACCAUGUUGGGAAGAAACACUUACCUCCUCCCGCCGCCUUCCUCCCGCCCCUCCGCCGACCUCGACUCCGGCGUCGAAAUCCUCCUCCACCACCACCACCACCACCACCAUCAAUAUCUCCACCCGGAAGCAGCCGCCUUCUCCGGACUCUACUUAGCCGCUCCCGAGGCCUACAACGGAGAGGGCUCGGGCGCUGCACCGGUGAGGAAGCAGGCGGCGAAGAAGGACCGGCACAGCAAGAUACACACGGCGCAGGGGCCGAGGGACAGGAGAGUCCGCCUCUCCAUCGGCAUUGCGAGGAAGUUCUUCGAUCUCCAGGAGAUGCUGGGCUUCGACAAGCCCAGCAAAACCCUUGAUUGGCUGCUCACCAAGUCCAAAGCAGCCAUCAAAGAGCUGGUGCAGACAAGCAACAGCAACAAGAGCGACUACUCCUCGCCCUCUGCAUGUGAGAUGGUGGCUUCCUCUGAUCAACAACACGGAGGAGGAGGGGAUUCCAGCAGGAGGGAGGCGAGGGCCAAGGCGAGGGCGAGGGCGAGGGAGAGGACGCUGGAGAAGAUGUGCAUCAAGCAGCUCGGUUCUGAUCUCAACCCUCCAUCGUUUGAAUGCAAUCAGCUUGGGUUUUUGCAGCUCUCCGGCAGGGCCACUGCUGGUUUUCGAGACCCGGUUUAUCACUUCGGUGAAGGGGCGAGGCAUGACCUAAUUCAAGAACCGCCUGUGAUCAAACGCAAGAACAAGAACCCUUCUUCCAUUUUGGGGUUUCAGCAAAAUAUUGGUUUGAAUUCAAACUAUAGCAUGAUCCCGUCAUCUUCCAAUGAGAAUUGGGAUAUUUUUGGGCUCUCCUCGCAAUCCAACUCUUUUGAUCAGCACAAGUUCUUCAAUAGCUCAAACAUAUAGUAAGAAGAAGAAGAGGAAGAAGCUCUUUGGGAAUCCACAGGACUACUAAUGUUGCUCAUAUUGUGUUUAAACAAGUAAUGUAAGUUUUUGGUUUUGAGCAAUUUUCCAAUAUCUGAAACCUCAAUUGAUGUAAUAGCUUUUGUCUCUGAACUUAAUUCCCAAGUAUAUAAGCUAUUUAUCAAUUGAUUGUCGAAUUAAUGUCUAGCUUUGAAUGCAAAUUUACUUUG